GUAAAGCAUUUACGCAUCUGUCUUAUUGCAAAAGAAUCGCAAGUGGAAGUGUCAAUAAUGUUGUGGCUAACUUUUGCACUGUUGACGAUAAAGACGGUACAAGUUACCGAAACUCAAAAUCUUGAGAAUGCUGCAAAGAUCUUGGAAAUGCUUAUUGACUGUGGAGGGAGUGUUGCAUCUCUAAGAAACGAUCUUAAAACUGUCAAGGACACACUCGAAGGUCUACGUAGACGGCAAGCCACUGACACCUACACGAGAUGGGGGCGGUCUUCUUGUCCUCAUGGAGCCACGACUGUUUACGACGGAUUUACUGCUGGGUCGUAUUACACGCAAACAGGAGCAGCAACUAAUCAUAUGUGUUUGUCUAAGAAACCAAAAUAUCACUAUCACUCUAAAAAGCCGAGGUAUACGACAUUUAUAUAUGGUGCCGAAUACGAAACUCAUGAUAGUAUUUGGGACAAAUUGGUGAACCAUGACAUCCCAUGUGUUGUUUGUCAUGUUCCUCGUUCGAGCAUUAUCAUGAUUCCUGGACGAGACGAUUGCCCAGACAACUUCAAAUUAGAAUACAGGGGUUACUUGAUGGCUGGUAGGUAUAAACAUCAAGCAGGAACAGAAUAUUUAUGCUUCGACGGUAAUUCAAUCGCAGCCGAAUAUUCAAGCCAAGCUAAUCGAGAUGGAGCUUUGUUUUACUUUGUUGAAGCGGUAUGUGGUUCAUUGAAAUGUCGGCCUUAUGAAUCGGGGACACAGAUCACGUGCGCUGUAUGCUCGUACUCUCCUUAAAAACGCUUUAAAGAGUCACCACUAAGGUUUUGUACUGGACUCGAACGGAAAAUUUUAGUGAUUUAUAUUUCUGUAUUGCAGCUUUUCUGACACUUUUAUCAUACUCAGAACACAAAAGCAAACAUACACUAAUUGGAUAUUGCAUAAAGGUUUUAACACGCUAAUAAAGAUUAACCAAUGCAUGCAAACAAAAAUAACAGAUAUUAAUUUAUUUCUUGACAACUGAACAAUGUCGUUGUAAUAUAUCGUAUUCAACCAAACAAAUACCGUUAUAGUGAAAAUUCACAUACAAAGUUUGUUUGUCUUGCCCAACACUUGUGUUCUUAUUUUGGCGGUCGGUCUAUCUGACCGGUUUUCUUGGAUAACUUACCACUAAUCACCAAUUUCUCUGCAUGUGGCCGGACACUAAUUCCUAACGAUUUCCCUAUCUCUCAGGCUGUGGUUUUUGCCAUGACCAGCCUCUUUACCAAAUUUUAGUACUGAAGACACAUGUUUUCUUCCUUUGCACUUUAACCUUCCAUCAACUGACUCAAAAUAUGUUAGAGACGUAUAUGACAAACUCCUAUACUAAAUCUCUGUGCAGUAGACCUAAACCUUCUCCAGUUGUUCGAUGGACAAGGUCUUUGUGGACAUGGUCAUUUGGACCUUUGACAAAGUGAUCUCAAAACAAGUAUGGGUCAUCGACUUGUUUGACAAGGUGUACUCAAUUGACGGACAUGAUAGAAAAUGAAUACAAGGGACCGAUCCUGUUAAUAUUUUUGUUGGAAAGGCAGUGUCCUUUUGUAUUGUUACGAAACAAAAUGACAUUGUGUUUGUUUUUAUUCUGUUUACUGUUUCCUAGCCCUAAUAUUUCCUUUGCAAUGGCCAAGACUGGCACACCGACGCUGUCCAAUAUACCCCCAAUUGAGACAUAAUUACUUACGUAUGCAGUGUUAACGCUCGUCUGUUCAAAAAGACUCAAUAGUCGAAAAAAACAUUACAGUUAUAUAAAGUUAUACAUAUUUUUACAUUUCCCAUGACAUUACUAAUAAUAGUGAUAUAGCUUUUAAUUUAAAGUAUGAUUUAAAAUAGCGAAUCAUUGGUGUGGGGGAGAAUAUCCGCUAAAUGUAUAUGCAUCUUGAUGACAUGCUUUUAUCUGAAUAUUACUCAUCCAUGUACAUUGUAUGUUGAUUUGAUUCUAAUAUAUACAUAUUAGAUUUGUAUUGGUUUACAUUCAGAAAUGCAAAAUUUAAAAUAUAUGUAAGCUAGUGUAAGGGAAAGUAUUGAAGAUUGUUAAUGCACAAAUUGU